AUGGUUACUAGCUGUUGCGAGAACGUAGCAUGGAGAAAGCUGCUAACAUCAUCUUUUGUGAGUUUCUCCGCUGAUUUCUGCUCCGUAAGCAAUUCAAGUGGUCGCAGGUCGUACGCUACCGUCUCGAGCCAAUCUGAGGACAACUCUGACAUCUACUACGACUUAAAAUGGCCUAAAAACAAUUUUCCGACACCUUAUGAUCUGUUUGGCAUAGACAACAACACCGAUGGUCGACAUAUUGAUCCCAAGGUAAUGAAGAAAAGGUAUCACGAAUAUGCUAGACUUUACCAUCCUGAUGUUUCGCGCAACAUCAGGAUAAUCAGGUCUCCGAUCGACCAGAUGCAGUUGGACAAAAACCUGCUUACUGUGGACGAGAAACUGCACAGAUUCAAGGUAACGACCCAGGCGUAUCAGAUCCUGACUGAUCCAAAGAAAAAAAGGUUGUACGACUUCACCCAGGGCGGGUGGCCGUAUGGACCCGCCGGAGCAGCGUCGACUACUCCGGCAGCGCAGUAUCCCGGGUCGCACGGCUACAGAUCCGACCACGUUUACGCCUAUUGGAAUGCAGGAACGUGGGAAGAUGCAAGCCAGAUGAACUCCGAGAAGCAGCCCAUUGAUGCCUGGGUUCUGUUCAUGUGGCUAUGCGGAUUCGUGAUAUGCAUUCAGGCUACUGCUUUGUUGACACGCAUCGAGGACUCUUUGACCAGAAAGAACUACACACAUGAAGAAACCGAACACGACCUGCUGCAGAGCUACACGAACUACGGGCUGGAUACCGACAAAAUUUCGCGAUGGCGGAGGUUUCUCUGGUUCAGAGCGUACGGCCUGUACCGUUCAAAUACAGACUUAGAUAGGGAGGCUAGGAGAAAUGAAGAGAUGGUUCAAGAUAUCUUGAAGAAAAGCGAGCAGAGCGUGAAACCGGUUUCUGAAACGACUCGGCCUGAGUAG